UAAGAAGUUACCAGAAAAAAAGACACAGAAACGAGAAACCCGUUUCUUUCUGGUUCAGUUUGACGUCUUCAUCUACUUGAAAGAAACCACCUCCCGCCGCCGGAAAACCGCAGUCUCACCACCACCACCGCCGUAGGGUUUUAGUCAUGUCGACGGAACAAGAACGUCUAGGGUCCGACGCUGCUGAUGAAAGUAAGGCGUCGAGGGUUGAUAUCCGAAUGUCUGAACUCCCAGCUGAUGUUCAAGAUCAGGAGCUAGAUGGAGAUAACAAGCAAGAAGGCUGCGUCGUCGUUGAACCAGGAGCUUCUUCAGCUGGUGAUGAUCUUGGAAUGACCAAGGAGAAAGAAUCUGUAAAUGGAAGUUCAGAUCUGGUCUUAGGAACAACCACUAAGGAAAGUGAGAAGAAGGAAGUCUCAGUUAAUGUUGAAAAAGAAGAACCUGACAUAAAGCAAGGAACAGAAGCUGAGAGCUUGGAUGAUAUUGAGUGUUUUAUGGGUUUAGAUCCAUACGAAAGCAAGGAUGAGAGUGCUUUGGAUACUGAUGACAAUACUCCUGUGACUUUGAAAGUGAAGCUCUCUGACUCAGAUUUAGUCUGGGCUAAAGUGAGGAGCCAUCCGUGGUGGCCUGGACAGGUCUUUGACGCCUCUGCUGCGACAGACAAGGCGAAGAAGCAUUUCAAGAAAGGAAGCUUUUUAGUUACAUACUUCGGAGACUGCUCCUUCGCUUGGAACGACGCGUCAAAGGUAAAGCCUUUCCGACAUCAUUUCUCUCAAAUGGCGAAGCAGAGUAGCCUGCCUAGUUUUGUCGAUGCCGUUGAUUUCGCUUUGGAAGAGGUGUCGAGAAGGAUAGAGUUCGGUUUAGCUUGUUCUUGUAUCUCGGAGGAAGUCUAUCAGAGGAUCAAGACUCAGAAGAUAAUCAAUCCUGGAAUCAGAGAAGAUUAUAGCAUAGUACAAGGGGGAGACAAGGUCUCAAGUGCGGAACUCUUUGAACCUGCAGAACUUGUGGAGUAUGUGAAGCGUUUAGCAUGCUCUCCAAGCUAUGAUCCUUCUUCUGAUGAGCUGCAGUUUGUAAGUCAGAGAGCUAGGUUAUUGGCUUUUAAUCGCUGGAAAGGCUAUACCGACCUCCCUGAGUUUGAGACACUUCAAGGAUCAGUGGAGUCUGCACCCAAGAUAUCUCCUGAAGAUACUGAAGUGAAAGAGUCUGCUCCUGAACCGAAAAAGAAAAAGAGUAAACAAGUGAAAGAGUCUUCUCCUGAACCGAAAAAGAGUAAACAAGUUUAUACUAAAAGGAGAAAGACAGAAGACAAAGAUCAGUGUAAACUUGAUGGAGUGUUUGAGUAUGAGGACACUACUACUACUGUUGUGAAGAAAAAGGAGAAAACUUUGGCAGAGUUCAUUGCUGAGAAACGCUUAAGCAAAAGUCAUGGUAAGAGAUCAGAUGAAAAUGCGGUUAGGAAGCAGGAUGGUGAAAAGAAACGCAAGGUUGUGCAUUCAGAACCUGCCAAGUCUUCUUCUGCCAAAAGGAUGAAGACAGAAGAUUCAGGAUCGCCAAUGUCUCCUCCCAAGAAUGAUCAGAAGAUUACACCAAUGAAGGCUAAAACAAGUUUUGGAAUUGGGGAGAGCAUAUUGAGAGUAGCAAACCAAAUGCAUUGUUCAACACCUACUGGACUUGUGCCUUGCAGUAAGAACAAUAGCAGCGGAAAAAGUAAACCUAAAAGAGAGCCAUCUCUUAGUGAAACACUUUCAAGCCGUCACUCUGCUUCUACUACCAAGGCCUCAAGUGGGAAACCCAAUCUCAUCAGCAUAGACAAGCUACAAUCAGGACAAGUUUCACAUGUCGGAAAGGAAACACCUAAUAGUGAACUUGUAGAAGAGUCGAUGUCGGAGGUCAAGAACUUGAAAGGCUCCUCUGAUGAAAAGAUGGUAAAUGAAGAAGCUGCAAGCAUUGUGGGUGAGAUGACUAGUGAGGAUAGCAAACAAACUGAAGAGAAGAUCACUGGCUCGGACUUGAAAGUGAAAGAGCAGCAUGUCAACAAGAACUGCCCUGAAGAAUCUUCUGCGUAGUAGGGAGGCUGACCUUUACCGCCUAAUGCACUAAUCAGAACAAGACUUCGGUUAUAGACUCUUUGUAGACAACUUUUGUUUUCUUUCCAAGUUUUAGGUUUGUAUCUGAUUAUAUUUGAGCAGACCAAUACCUUAAAAGUAUGAAAAAAGUUACAACCUUAUUUA